AUGCGAUCUGUCUACAUAGGAAUACUAGCUAUAUACUAUUACUAUAUCUAUAAGUAUUUGACUGCGACGCCGACAUCAGAGGCCCCCUAUACCUUCUCAGAGCAGGUUGGUAAAGGUAAACCCAAGUUAGCCAGUAACUCGUAUGUUGAUUUCAAAUCACCUCCAAGUCAUGAGAAACUAGGUAAAGAGAAUGCUACGAUAGUGAUGUUAGUAAGGAAUAGAGAAUUGGAGAGUGCCUUGAGUUCCAUGAGAUCAUUAGAAGAUAGGUUCAAUAGAAAUUAUCAUUACCCGUGGGUUUUCCUCAACGAUGUUCCUUUUACACAAGAAUUCAUAGAUCAAACGAGGCUAAUGGCGAGUGGUGAAGUAUUUCAUGAAUUGAUUCCAGCAGACGACUGGAACCCCCCUCCUUACAUUGAUGAAGAGAAACUCAAUGAAAACCUUGUAAAUUCAAGCAACGUCAUUUAUGGAGGAUCGAGAUCAUACCGAAAUAUGUGUCAUUUCAAUUCAGGGUUCUUCUUUAGACAAAAGAAGUUGAUGGAAUACGAUUGGUAUUUCCGAGUUGAACCUGAUGUACAAUAUCUUUGUGAUUUUGAUUACGAUCCUUUUACUUACUUACGGGAAACUGGUAAGAUUUAUGGCUUCGUUACGGCUAUUCAUGAAUAUGAAAAUACUAUUCCCACAUUAUGGCCCACAGUAGAAAAAUUCAUGUCAGAGUAUCCCCAUUUACUACAUCCUAAUAAUUCCCUUGAUUAUAUAACCACCAAUGAAACAGAGUUGAAUUAUUUGGUUCCUUUGGUGAAUUCUUCUUCUUCAUAUAAUCUUUGUCAUUUUUGGUCAAACUUCGAAAUAGGAAAUUUGAAUUUCUGGAGAUCAGAGGCAUAUUUAACUUACUUCAAUUACCUUUCUAAGUCUGGAGGAUUUCAUUACGAACGUUGGGGAGAUGCUCCAAUUCACUCUAUAGGACUUAAUUUGUUAGCUGAUAAAUCAAAAAUUCAUCACUUCGAUGAUAUUGGGUAUUAUCAUGCUCCUUACAUGGCAUGCCCUACUUCUAAGGAUUUAAGAACUUUCAAAAGGUGUAUUUGUAAGGCCGAAAUGAAUGGUGAAAUUAUCACUGAACCUUAUGAUGUGAGUAUUUACAGUUGUUUGAGUAGAUGGUGGAGAUAUGGAUCAGGAAAAAAGUUCAUCUCCGAAGUUGAUUAUCAUAGAUAG